UAGACUUGCCGUUCUCGCGACGUGGCCUCUCCCCCGAUCUCUCUCUCUCUCUCUCCUCCGCAUCACCACCACCGCCGCCGACGAGCUCCGGUCGCCGCCGGCGAGAGGCGCCGCGCGAUCCGGGAGAUGCCGCCGCUCACGGGGCCCAAGUCCGGGGACGCUCUCUUCGGCAGCGUCGAGCGCGUCAACGCGGAGCUGUUCACGCUCACGUAUGGGGCCAUCGUGAGGCAGCUGCUCACGGAUCUGGAGGAGGUCGAGGAGGUCAACAAGCAGCUUGAUCAGAUGGGCUACAACAUUGGAACUCGGUUGGUUGAUGAGUUCCUGGCCAAAUCAAAUGUAUCAAGGUGUGUUGACUUCAAGGAGACUGCCGAUGUCAUUGCAAAGCUUGGAUUCAAAAUGUUCUUGGGUGUGACUGCAACUGUCACCAAUUGGGAUGCUGAGGGUACAAGCUGCAGCUUUGUAUUGGAGGACAAUCCUCUUGUAGAUUUUGUUGAACUUCCUGAUACUUGCCAAGGUCUUCAGUACUGCAAUGUGCUAAGUGGAGUUAUUAGGGGUGCACUGGAAAUGGUUUCUAUGAAGACAGAGGUUACAUGGGUCCGUGAUAUGCUUCGUGGGGAUGAUGCCUACGAGAUGCGAGUGAAGCUUACCAAGCAAGUCCCAGAGGAAUACCCCUACAAGGAUGAUGACUGACUUGACGAUUUCGUGGAUAGUUUCUCAGUUCUCACAUGAUGCUUGUUUGCUCGUCUGGAUUUCCCUUCUUUUCUUUCCUCUGUGACUGUGAUUCUGGUUCGACUUGGCUGGAUGCUACAUGAGAUAGCUGUGCAUUAUAUUUUACACUUGCACUUUGCACGGCAGCAUGUAUUGUAGAAAUCUAUCAUAACUUCUGAAUUUGUUUGCUAAGUUUGACAAAGCGUUUACGAUCCAUAUGAGAUUUCUUCUAGCUGUGCUGCCCGGAAAUCUAUAUAAAGAGGCUUUUUAGCCUGAUUUCAUGGCA